AACGCAAAAAAAAUUGCCUGUUAUUAAACACUGAACUCUAUUGUUGGACUUAUAUUUAAAAAAAAAAAAUGUGGUUUUGGAUUUGUUUUUUGUUAGGACAGUUCUUUUGUGGACAAGCUCAGACAAUUGAAUUAAAGAUCGAAGGAGGAAAAAUAUUAGGAAGAACUGAUUUAACCGAAGGACUACAAAUGGAAUAUUAUGCUUUUCAAGGAAUUCCCUAUGCUGAACCACCCAAAAGAUUUGAAUUGGCUAUACUAAAGAAACGAUGGUCUGAUAUCCUAAAUUGUACUUUCGAUAGAACAGAAUGUGUUCAAACUGGUAAUGGUGCGGUAGGAUCUGAAGACUGUUUGUUUUUAAGUGUCUAUACACGUAAGCUUACUAGUAAAAGCCCAGUGCUUGUCUGGAUACAUGGGGGAGGAUUUGAAAUAGGCAGUGGUUCUUACAAAUCAAAUGGUCCUGAUUAUUUCUUAGAUGAAGAUUUGGUGGUUGUAUUCAUACAAUACCGCUUGGGAAUUUUUGGUUUUAUGAGUACAGGCGAUCUGGCCUGUCCCGGAAAUCUAGGACUUAAAGAUCAAAAUUUAGCACUUCAAUGGGUACAAAGGAACGUACGUUAUUUUGGAGGUGAUCCUGAUAAUGUUUCUAUUAUGGGACAAAGUGCUGGUGCAGCCUCUGUCGCGAUGCAUUUGAAUUCGCCAAAAUCUAAAGGUUUAUUUAAAAGAGCAAUAAUGAACAGUGGAGUAUCCAUUUGCUCCUGGUCAUUGAAUAGAAGAGCCCGCCAAACAGCUUUCGCCGUAGGAGCUACACUUGGAAUUUUAACAACAAACUCCACAAUUCUAUUAAACGAACUGAAGAAGGUGGAUUAUCGACGUCUUCAAGAUCAUUCAUAUUUUGUGUCAUAUGCGGUCGCUUUUAGCAAUAUUCUUGCUGGUAUACCGUACGGUCCUGUGAAAGAAGUAAAACACGAUUCAGCCUUUUUUACCGGUGAAAGUGAAGAAAUGUUGUCCACGGGAAAUUUUACGAAGGUACCAGUUUUAGCAGGUUUCACUUCAAAUGAAACUGCUAUUCUUGCUUCAGCCAAGGUUCCCUUUCGUUUAUACUUUCUUAAAUUCGAUGUCAAUUCCAUGGACUUGGUACCAGCAGAUCUUACAACAUCACCAACCAACAAAACACGUGCUAUGAAGGCAAUCAAAGAGAAAUAUUUUAAAAAUUUAUUCAAUACUGGAUUUUUUGCACCAUUCCAAGUCAUUAUUAAAUUUUUUAACGUUGAUUUAUUCGUCCGGCCAAUAGACAAGUUUGUAAUUGACGUAAGUAAAUAUGUCAGUGACGUAUACUAUUACAGUUUCAAUUAUAUAGGAGAUAAUAGAAGAAUGGGCCAACAAUAUGAAGGUGUCAGCCAUGCAGAAGAUCUUAAUUAUUUAUUCAAAAGGAGUUUUCAGUAUUCUCCAAAUGAUCAACUCAUGAGAAAGAGGGCCGUCAGACUUUGGUCAAAUUUUUGCAAAUUUUCGAAACCGAUUCCAAGAUCAGAUCCACUUUUGCAGAAUGCCACUUGGUUGCCAGCUUCAAGUAAACAACCAUCUUUUUUGAUGGGUAUUGAUUCAACUUUGGAAGGAGUGAAAAAUCCAUAUCAAGACAAUUUAGAUUUUUAUACAAAACUUUAUAAAAAUGAUGGAGACGGUUCAUAUGGAACCUAUUAAUUUAGUGAUAUAAUUUGAUUUAUUAUUCUAAUAAUUUAUACACAGUUUAGUUAUAAAUAUCCAUUGGCGAUGAUGCGAAGAUAGAUAACAUUUUGCAUUUUGUGAUCAUCUUCAGUUGUCAGUUGUUGGAUUAAUUUUAUUAUAAAUUAAGCUGC